AUGAUGAGUUUAGAAGGAGAAAAAGCCGAGGUGCAGGCUCUCCUGAAGCGGCUAGGGGAGCGCCGUACACACAUUGUGAAAGCAGCAGAAAACAUAGACCGGCUUCUGGCUCAGGUAAGUGCUUCAGAAAGUGAUCAACGGCUGUUCACAGCACUCCAGGACGCCCAUGCGUCCACUCCUGUAUCUCUCUCACCCAAGGCGUUACUUCGACUUGAGGCUCUCAAAAAGAGGCUUUUUCUGGCGCAAACGCGGGAAGCAGAUAUACGUGAACAACUCGACCUCGUUUUUGGUGAUUGCACAGAAACAUUGUUGGAUCUUCAACUAAUCAUUGAUGAGACGAAAGAACUGAGGACGGAGAUUGGCAAGUGA